GCGGGAUGAGUCACUUGACUGAAGCCAGUGGAUCCUAUCCAAGCCCAGUCGCGAAUCUGAUAGCGCAUGCGCGCCACCUGCCGGGUCCGGGAGGAGUGUGGGGGAGGAGUACGCUGACAGCUUCCGCUUUCGUUUCCUUCUCUUCUACUCGGUUGACGGCUCUAGCCCGGUUCCAAGGCAGCGGCGGCGGCGGUGGCGGGCCGGAAAGCUCACCAGCCGUGGGGGGUGUGGUGAGGUGAGGUGCGGUGCGGUGCGGCCUGAGCAGGGCCUCCCCGGGAGCCAUGGCCUGUUCCCUGCACCAGUUCUGCUACUUCCAGGACCUCCAGGCCGCCCGAGACUUCCUUUUCCCGCACCUGCGGGAGGAGACCCCCAGCGGCGCCGGCGCCGCCCGGAGGGACGAUGGUAAAUCAACAAACUGGGAAGAUGAUGGUUGGGGAGCAUGGGAAGAAACGGAAAUACAAGAACCUGAAGAAGAAGAGACUACUUGUAAGAGUCAAAAAUCAUACUGGCUUCAAGACUGUGUUUUAUCCUUAUCUCCAACUAAUGAUCUCAUGGUGAUUGCUCGGGAACAAAAAGCUGUGUUUCUAGUGCCAAAAUGGAAAUAUAGUGAUAAAGGAAAAGAAGAAAUGCAGUAUGCUGUUGGUUGGAGUGGUUCUCUAAAUGUUGAAGAAGGGGAAUGUGUAAGUAGUGCCUUGUGUAUUCCAUUGGCAAGUCAAAAGAGGAGCUCCACUGGCCGUCCUGACUGGACUUGCAUUGUGGUGGGCUUUACUUCUGGUUAUGUUAGAUUCUACACUGAGAAUGGUGUAUUGUUGCUUGCACAACUUUUGAAUGAAGACCCUGUGCUACAGCUAAAAUGCAGGACUUAUGAAAUCCCAAGACAUCCUGGAGUUACAGAGCAGAAUGAAGAGUUGAGCAUCUUGUAUCCAGCUGCAAUUGUGACUAUUGAUGGAUUCAGCCUUUUUCAGUCCCUUCGUGCUUGUCGAAAUCAGGUAGCAAAAGCAACAGCAUCAGGUAAUGAAAACAUACAGCCACCACCUUUAGCUUAUAAGAAAUGGGGACUACAGGAUAUUGACACCAUAAUUGAUCAUGCAAGUAUUGGGAUCAUGACACUAUCUCCAUUUGAUCAAAUGAAAACUGCUUCCAAUAUAGGUGGAUUUAAUGCAGCAAUAAAAAAUAGUCCACCUGCAAUGUCUCAGUACAUUACUGUUGGGUCAAAUCCAUUUACUGGUUUCUUCUAUGCUUUAGAGGGAAGCUCACAACCAUUACUGUCUCAUGUUGCUUUAGCAGUUGCAAGCAAACUGACUUCAGCUUUAUUUAAUGCUGCCAGUGGCUGGCUUGGUUGGAAGAGUAAGCAUGAAGAGGAAAAUGUUCAGAAACAGAAACCAAAAGUUGAACCAGCAACACCAUUAGCUGUAAGAUUUGGGCUUCCUGAUUCAAGGCGCCAUGGUGAAAGCAUAUGUCUCUCUCCAUGUAACACACUAGCAGCAGUAACUGAUGAUUUUGGCAGAGUUAUUUUAUUAGAUGUGGCGAGGGGACUUGCAAUUCGCAUGUGGAAAGGCUACCGGGAUGCCCAAAUUGGAUGGAUCCAAAUUAUAGAAGACCUUCAUGAAAGAGAAUCAGAAAAGAUAGAUUUGUCUCCAUUUGGAAAUGCACAGGGUCCAAGCAGAGUGGCUCAAUUUCUUGUGAUCUAUGCUCCAAGGAGAGGGAUUCUAGAAGUGUGGAGCACUCAGCAAGGCCCCAGAGUGGGAGCUUUUAAUGUGGGGAAACAUUGUAGGUUACUGUAUCCUGGUUAUAAAAUAAUGGGCUUAAAUAAUGUUACCAGUCAGAGUUGGCAGCCACAAACUUACCAGAUCUGUCUUGUUGAUCCAGUUUCUGGAAGCAUAAAAACAGUUAAUGUUCCUUUCCAUUUAGCAUUAAGUGAUAAGAAGAGUGAACGAGCCAAAGACCUUCACUUAGUGAAGAAACUGGCAACUUUAUUGAAAAUGAAAACUCCAAAUUUUGAUUUAGUUGAAACUGAAGUAAAAGAAUUAAUUCUUGAUAUUAAGUAUCCUGCAACCAAAAAACAGGCUUUGGAAAGCAUUUUAGCAAGUGAACGUUUACCAUUUUCCUGCCUUAGAAAUAUCACUCAGACCUUGUUGGACACUUUAACAAAUCAAGAGCUUGAGUGUGUUGAUGAAGGACUGCUCCAGUUUUGUGACAACAAGCUUAAACUACUCCAUCUUUAUGAGUCAGUCAAUAAAUUGAAUUCACUUGAGUUAUAUUCAGACACUUCAUUCUCCAAUAAUGAGUUGGCUGUGUUGUUGAGGCUUGAUGAAAAAGAACUGGUUAGGCUCCAGGCAUUAUUGGAAAACUAUAAAAAAGAAAAUACCAAGACUACUGUCCGAUUUGCUGAUGAUAAAGAUGGUGCAUUGCCUGUGACAACAUUCCUGGAAUAUUUAGAAUAUGAGAAAGAUGUGAUCAGUGUAAAGAAGAUAAGUGAAUUAGAAUAUGUGGCCUUAGGCAGUUUCUUUUUUUGGAAAUGCUUGCAUGGAGAAAGCUCUACGGAGGAUAUGUGUCAUACUUUGGAAUCUGCUGGAUUUAGCCCUCAACUUUUAUUGUCUCUACUCCUGAAUGUUUGGCUCUCUAAAGAAAAAGAUAUUCUUGAUAAGCCACAAUCUGUUUGCUGUCUUCACACUAUGCUUUCUCUUCUUAGCAAGAUGAAAGUUGCUAUAGAUGAAUCCUGGGAUUCACAGUCAGUGUCUCCUUGGUGGCAACAAAUGCGCAUGGCUUGUAUACAGUCUGAGAAUAAUGCAGCUGCCUUGUUGUCUGCACAUGUUGGACAUUCUGUUGCAGCACAAAUAUCUGAUAAUAUAGCUGAGAAAAAAUUUUCCCAAACAGUUGUAGGUACAGACCCAGAGGGACUCACGGAUUCAUGGGAAGCUCUUUCUCUUGAUACUGAAUACUGGAAACUUCUCUUGAAGCAACUGGAGGACUGCCUGAUACUUCAGACUUUGCUUCACAGUAAGAUGAACACUCGAAGCUCCAAACUGUCUUCUUUGCAGACUGAACCACUUAUCAGUCUUUCUGUUAAGAAAUUACUAGAAGGAGGAAAAGGAGGAAUUGCAGACAGUAUAGCAAAAUGGAUCUUUAAAGAGGACUUCAAUCCCCAUAUAUUAAAAUUGGCUCAUCAAGAAAGAAUUCCAGAAAAUUCAGAGGAACCUAAAGAAGGUAUUAGUAAAGAUUUCCUUGAGGAGCCAGAAGAUUUACAAGCCAUUCUAGAAUUGCUGAAUUUAGCCUAUCAACAAUUUCCUUGUAGUCUUGACUUAGAUGUAUUACAUGCACAUUGCUGUUGGGAAUAUGUCGUUCAGUGGAAUAAAGAUCCAGAGGAAGCACGAUUUUUCAUUAGGUCGAUAGAACACUUGAAGAGUGUUCUUAAUGCCCAUGUGCAACAUGGCAUUGCCCUAAUGAUGUGGAAUACAUUCAUAGUUAAAAGGUUUUCUUCUGCCACAUAUUUGAUGGAUAAGGUUGGAAAAUCUCCAAAGGAUAGAUUAUGCAGAAGGGAUGUGGGUAUGAGUGACACAGCAAUGACAUCUUUUCUUGACUCCUGUUUGGAUCUUCUUCAAACUUUAAUGGAGGCUGAUGUCAGCAGUGAUGAAAUGCAAGUGCCUGUUUUAGAUACUGAAGAUGCCUGGGUAUCUGUGGAAGGACCAAUAUCAAUAGUGGAGCUGGCUCUUGAACAGAAACAUAUCCACUAUCCACUUGUUGAACACCAUUCUGUGUUGUGCUCUAUCUUAUAUGGAAUCAUGAGAUUUUCACUGAAGUCUGUGAAACCUCUUUCCCUCUUUGACAGUAAGUUCUCACAGAUUUAAGGAGUAGCUGAGUUGUUGAUCUUCAUCACUGGAGUAUCAAAGAAAACACAAUUUCAGAUAAAAAAUAAUCAUAUCUGGGAUUAAUAGGUGAGACCAAAACAAAAGAAAAGUUGUGAAUGUGUAUGUAAUUAUCCUGUGGGCAUGGUAUUAAGCACAAACCAGAGGAAAUAUCAAGUUCAUUUUGUUGGGGCUUUAGUUUCCUUUUACCUAAUUAAAUUUUUUUCCCUAUAUUCCAUCUCCUCUUCUCUAAUCCAUUCUAUACUACCCCUUUUUUUGUGUUUUUUUUUCAGACCUUUACCUACUCUCUUAAAAUCAGACUAAAAAAUGGUAAAGGCUAGGUAAUGCAGGCUAAGUGAUUUGCACAGGGUCACACUAUCCCAGUAAAUAUCUGAGAUAAGAUUUGAACUCAGAACCUCCCUUUUCUCUGUCUGGCUCUUUAUCCACUGAUUCACCUAGCUGUCCCUACACCAUCACUCUUAAUUAUGUUAUUCUCCUUUUCAAAAACCUUCUAGCUAUCCCUUCACUGAGUAAAUAUUAAAUAAAAUACAAAUUCCUUAACAAGGCUUCAAAACCUUGACAAUAUGGCUCCCGUCUGCCUUUCCAGUCUUGUUUCAUACUUUUCAUCUUCACAUACAUUUGGUUUUAGUCAAGUUAUUUUCUGCAUUUUUUGUUUUCCUGCCCUUUUAUCAUCUCCAUAUAUAUGUUAUUCCCCAUGCCUCAGAUGUAUUCUGCCACAUCUUUAGCUAUUGAAAUCUUUCAUUUCUUCCAAGGUCUGACUUAAAAGUCACUUCUAUUCAUGAAGUUUUCCAUAAUAAGCUAUUCCUUCCCUACCUCUGCGACAAACUAGAUGUGCUAUUUUCCAACUCAUAUUUCUCAUGGUAUGUAGCAUAUAGAUUUUUCCCUUGCACUUAGUCUGAUUUACUAAGAUUGUGACCUUUCUUGAGGGAAGUCUGUAUCUUAUUUCACCCAUGUAUGUAUAUGAAUAUAUAUAUUCACUCUAUGAAGCACAAUGCCUUGUACAAAGUAGGACUAAAUAAAUGUAGUUUAUUGAUUGUAAUACAAUCUCUAUACAAUUGUGAUACAAUUCUCUUUAGGUAGAACUAUAUAUCUGAUAGUAACAUAGAAAAACUGGUAUUACUUACCUCUAACUAUAGCAAAUAAAUUCUUCCUAUUUAACCCUGUUCCCUAGACUAAUUUAAACAUGUGUCACAUAGAUCUCACCAUAUCACCCUCCUACUCAGUACUCUCCCUUGGCUUCCUGUUAUCUUUAGGAUCAAGAUAAACUCCUUUGUUUGGUGUUUAAAGUUCUGCCUAUCCUGGCCCUUUCAUAAUUUUCUACCUUUCUUACAUUUUACUGCCCACCACACAUGGUGUUCCUCACAAGGAUACUAUUUCAUGCCCUUUCUUUUUCACUGACUCUCUCCUAUGCCCAGAAUGCUCUCCUUCUUGAUCUACUCUUAGAAUCACCAGUUCAGCCACCACCUUAUGCAGGCCUUUCCUGGUUACCCUAGCUACUGAUACACUCCCACCCCUAACCUUUCCUUCUGUCUGUUCUGUAUAUUUCUUGAAUAUGUCUAUUUAUAUGGUAUCUACCCUCAUUAGAUUUUAUGCUUAAAAAAAAUUUUAUGCCCCUUGAGAGCAGAGAUCAUUUUUCCCUUCUCUCUAAUACUUAGCAUAAUUCCUGGCACAUAGAAAGCACUUAUUCAUUGCUCAUUGAUUACAGUUGAUUUUAUACAUGAACAAUAGGAACAAAAUUUAGAAAUAUCUACAGGUUAGCUAUGAAUAUGAAUUGCUUCUGGGAAAAGAGUGAGAUUUGGAAUAGGGAUUAAAAUAAAUCUGGAGCAAAAGAGGAAAUGAAAUAUUUUUCAUACUAAAAAAUUGCCAUGUUACAAUUACAAAUAUUUUUGAUAUACAUAGGAAUUAUCACUACCAUGAAAAUUUUCAAAUGUAAUCCCAUUUAUAUUUUAUAUUAUGCAAAUGUUAUAUAGGCUAUUGUUUAGGAAAUGUUGGUCUAACUUACUAUUUUCUUCUAGCAAUUCCAUUUUCUGUGGUUUAGUCAUAAACAUCCUUCAUAUAAUCUGUGGCAACCUCUUUUCCAGGUCAAAUAAAAUCUAUUCCUUCCUGAAUUUUACUUUUCAAUAUUUUGUUAUUUUGUGGCUUUCUUGUAAACCUCAUAUAAAAUCUAAAUUUCAUAUCAGUGUCCAAAUAUUUAAAUACUCAUCAGAUUAACUAUAUUCCAGUCUUAUAAUACAGAUUAACCAAAUUUCUCCUAAUAUUGAGAUGAAGAGAAAAGUUAAAUUAAAAUACUGUAAAUUUUAUAGGAAUAGGAAAAAC